AGGGUAAAGAUGAGAUGUUCUUAUGUACGAUGGAGAAGUUUGAUGUAUAUGCGAUACCUUGUUGGGCACAUAAAACUUUGAAAGGCGUCCCAAGAGAUUAUUCAUUUGGAUUGAAAAGUUUGAACAAGCUUUCCUUCUUCGAAACCAAAUCCGAUUUCAUACACAAAUUCUCUUGCAAAAAUCGCUUGGUCUUACUUGAAUGGAUCCGUCGAUUAUAUGAUGCCCGAAGCUAUAUCGUGAUGAGUCAACGAGGAGAAGAUGAGCCGACGACUGUGGGUUUGAAUCGGACGAAAUCGACGCGAUCGGGAGGGCUAGAGAAAGUCAAGUCAGUGAAAGUCAAGCGGAGUGGGACGGUAUCAGGAGGGCGGGGGCAGGGGGGCAUGAAAGAGGCAAUACCAGCGAUACCAGAGAGGGGAGCACGAAAGGAGUCGACGGGUUCAGGAGGAGGAAGUGCGAAUGGCAGCUCUGGACUCAGUCGUCGCCCGACCCUCAUCCAGACCGGCUCUUCGACGAGGUUCAGACAGGGCACUCUCCUCGGCGACCUUAGCUCGGCCCCCCCUCCACCGCCCAAACAUCACAACUUAACCGACGACUCAUCGACUCCUACUACUACCACCCUUCAGGCCGUCCUUCCCGCGCACAUCCUAGCGCUCUCUUCUUCUCCCGAUCCGCGUCUCACCUCGCCUCGUGAAAACGCGCCCGGUAUCGGCUCGGGAAGGUCUAGCAGUCAACCCGCGGCUACCUCUUCGCAUGCUCAUACUCCUACCACUGCCACUUCAACAGCUCCAACCACCUCCACUACCACUAUCAAGGUUCGGACUUGGGAACAAAUGGGAUCUGAGGAACGCAAAUUGUACUUGACCGAAGUCCAAAAUAAAGCGAAAUUAGAAGGCCGCACUCUCCUCCAAUUCGACAACAAUCCAGUCGGCAGUAUCCAUAAUAAUCAUACUCAUCAUCAUACUUCGACGACUCAUUCUUCGCAUUCCACUAAUGCUAAAGAACCCUUGAUCUCCUCGGUUCCUUCUCCUUCAUCGUUCAAUCAUCACCCUUCUUCUUUUAAUCCUUCUGCUGCGGCUAGUCCCGCAAAUAAUGGUGGCCUUAAACGAAGCAUGACUACUGGCGCGUCGAGGUCGACUAGAUCUCCUUCGACUCAUAAACCGUCUCGAAAGAUUUAAUACGUCCUGUCUUUCGCUUCCUCUCUAUAUUCUCGCAUAUCCCUCCAUCACCUUUCCUUUUUUUUAAGUCUCGUUUGCACUUCCAACGCCCCCCCCCUUUUUCGUUCUUUUAUAAUUAAAAAAAAAAACUCGUUUCGUCCGUCCUGGCC